CAACUCCAGAAAUUGGGGAGGGGGGGGGCUGUUUAAAAAGUCCCAAACCAGUUUAAUUCAAGUUCUUCGUGCCUCCUCUCAGCCUUGCCUUCCACCCAGGCCCACGGUUCACGAUGGCCCGGCCUGAACCCAGUUGUGUAGCAACCUGACUCCGUCAAGAUGGGGCUGGGGCCAUCUGCCAGGCCAGCAGUGCUGGGAUAGGAAUAUGGCAUUGGGGCCAUGGUUGGUCCUUCAAGUACCUGAAGGACCCUUCAGAGAGGCAUGAAUUCCUAGCAUUCCCUGAGACUGAGGAUAGGGAGAUGAGGGCCGGGGGGCAGGGUGCAAGCUGCCCCAGGGCGGUGGCAGCAGCAGUAAAGGGGCAGACAGCGCCAGGAGCCUGGGGCAGGAUGGCAGCAGCUAGAGCCUGGGUGCUGGUCCUCAGUCUGUGGGGGGCAGUAGUGAGCGGUCAGAACAUCACAGCCCGGGUCGGGGAGAGACUGGUGCUGAACUGUAAGGGGGCCCCCAGGAAACCACCCCAGCAGCUGGAGUGGAAACUGAACACACGUCGGACAGAAGUUUGGAAGGUCCUGUCUCCCCAGGGAGACUCCUGGGACAGCGUUGCUCGGAUUCUCCCCAAUGGCUCCCUCCUCCUUCCUGCUGUCGGGAUCGAAGAUGAGGGGACUUUUCGGUGCCGGGCAACAAGCAGGAGUGGAAAGGAGACCAAGUCCAACUACCGAGUCCAAGUUUACAAGAUUCCUAGGAAGCCGGAAAUUGUAGACCCUGCAUCCCAACUCACAGCUGCUGUCCCCAAUAAGGUGGGGACCUGUGUGUCAGAGGGGAGCUACCCUGCAGGGACUCUUAGCUGGCAGCUGGAUGGGAAACUUCUGAAAUCUGAUGGGGAAGGAGUGUCUGUGAAGGAAGAGACCAGGAGACACCCUGAGACAGGGCUUUUCACAGUCCAGUCGGAGCUGAUAGUGACCCCAGCCCUGGGAGGCGCUCCCCGCCCCACCUUCUCCUGCAGCUUCAGUCUUGGCCUGCCCGGGCACCGCCCUUUGCACUCGGCUCCCGUUCAGCCCAGUGUCUGGGCCCCAGAGCCCGUGCCCUUGAAGGUCCAGUUGGUGGUUGAACCAGAAAGUGGGGUAGUAGCUCCUGGUGGAACGGUGACCUUGACCUGUGAGGCCCCUGCCCAGCCCCCACCGCAGGUCCACUGGCUCAAGGAUGGCACGCCGCUGCCCCUGCUCUUCAGCCCCGUGCUGCUCCUGUCUGAGGUGCAGCCUCACGACCAGGGUGUCUACAGCUGCGUGGCCACCUAUCCCACCCACGGAUCUCAACAAAGUCCUGCUGUCAGCAUCAGCAUCCUUGAAACGGGCCGAGAGGGGCCAAGUGCAGGUUCUGUGGGGGACUCGGGGCUGGGGACUCUAGCCCUGGCCCUGGGGAUCCUGGGAGGCCUGGGGACAGCCGCCCUGCUCAUCGGGAUCAUCCUGUGGCAAAGGCGCUGUCGCAGAGAGCAAAGGAAGGCUCCAGAGCGCCAGGAGGAAGAGGAGGAACGUGCAGAGCUGAACCAGUCAGAGGAGCCGGAGGCGGCCCAGGGCAGUGCAGUAGGUCCUUAAGGUGUCCACAGCCGGACCUCAGCUGUCGGCUCCCUUCUCUCUUUCCCUCUUGCUGUUCCGGCCCCAACCCAACUCUCCCCCGACUCACCAAGUUUCCUUUCACAACGAGGCCCCACCCGCCCACAAAGGACGCCAAGUAAACACCUGACACAGCUUGCCCUGUGUGCUGUGUGUGUGUGUGUUGUCUGUGGGCAGUGACCUCAGCCCCUGAGAAGAGGCCCCCACCCCCUGC